CGCUCGCGGCCCUUCGGCAUCGCCCCUCCCCUUUCACCCCCUCCCCACUUGGCGCGUUGGUACAUUCCUGUCCGCCCCGUUCCCUCCCUCACCCCCCCCAACCUCCCCCCCGCGACUCCCCGCUGUGGUCUGCUCCGGCCCGGCCAGGCGGCUGAACAGGGGAGCCCGCGGCAGGCAGGGAAGGGAAGGGAAGGGACGGGACGGGACGGGACUCGACUCGCCUCGCUGCCUGCUGAAGCGCCGGCUCCUGCGGAGCGGACAGGAGAGCGGCUCCCCCGCCCCGGGCAGCACCAUGAGUGAACAGAGUAUCUGCCAAGCACGAGCUGCAGUAAUGGUCUAUGAUGAUGCCAAUAAGAAAUGGGUACCAGCUGGUGGGUCAACUGGAUUCAGCAGAGUUCAUAUUUAUCAUCAUACAGGCAACAAUACCUUUCGAGUAGUGGGCAGGAAAAUUCAAGACCAUCAAGUGGUAAUAAAUUGUGCCAUUCCAAAAGGGCUGAAGUACAAUCAGGCUACACAGACCUUCCACCAGUGGCGCGAUGCUAGACAGGUGUAUGGUCUUAACUUUGGCAGCAAAGAAGAUGCCAAUGUCUUCGCAAGUGCCAUGAUGCAUGCCUUAGAAGUAUUAAAUUCACAGGAAGCUGGUCCAACGUUGCCUCGACAGAAUUCUCAGCUUCCUCCACAAGUUCAAAAUGGCCCAUCACAAGAAGAGCUGGAAAUCCAGAGAAGACAGUUGCAAGAGCAGCAACGGCAGAAGGAGCUGGAACGGGAGAGGCUGGAUCGUGAAAGAAUGGAACGGGAGAGGCUGGAAAGAGAGCGACUAGAAAGGGAAAGACUUGAAAGAGAGCGUCUAGAACAGGAACAGCUAGAAAGAGAGCGGCAAGAAAGAGAGCGGCAGGAACGUCUAGAAAGGGAGAGACAAGAAAGAGAGAGGCAAGAACGAGAGAGACUGGAACGGCUUGAACGGGAAAGGCAAGAGAGAGAACGGCAAGAACAGUUAGAAAGGGAACAACUGGAAUGGGAAAGAGAGAGAAGAAUUUCAAAUGCUGCUCCAUCUUUCGACAACUCCCUGUAUAGCACUCCACUUCCUGAAUACUCCAGUUGCCAGCCUCCUUCAGCACCUCCUCCAUCAUAUGCAAAAGCAGUCUCAGCGCCAAUAUCAGAUUCCACUCCGGAUUAUGCUGUAGUGACUUCUGCACCAGCGACUUCCGCUCCCCCUACACCACCACUAAGGCACUCUGCAUCACGUUUUGCUACAUCUUUAGGCUCAGCCUUCCACCCAGUUCUUCCCCAUUAUGCUACAGUUCCUCGUCCUCUGAACAAAAGUUCUCGACCACCUUCUCCUGUGAAUGUUCCAAGUUCUUUGCCCCCAAAUACAAAGCCUGUUGCCUGGUCUGCCCCCAGUUUUGCACCUCUCCCCCCGUCUCCUCCAGUCAUGAUUAGCAGUCCACCAGGCAAAGCUACUGGUCCAAGACCUGUUCUCCCAAUUCCUGCUUCUAGUCCAUUGUCCCAAAUGCCUCCAUCCCCUACUGCUCCCAAUGGGCUUCCUGAAUGCGUAGCUUAUCCAGCUCCUUCACCUUCUACCUCAGGUCCAACUCCCCCGCCACCACCCCCACCUCCACCACUGCCUUCCUUUCCACCUCUCUCACUCUCUGGACCUCAAGCUUCUCCUUCUCCAAGUUCCCCUAAUGCCUCAACUCCCUCAUCCAAGCCUAGUGUUCUCCCUUCUCCCUCUGCAGCUACCCCUGCCUCUGUUGAGAACUCUCUAAACUCUGUGCUGGGAGACUCCUCUGCUUCUGAGCCAGUCUUGCAGGCAGCCUCUCAGCUGAUUGAACCUCCGACCCAGCAGGGUGUCAUCCAAGGACUACCUGCACCUCCACCCCCACCCCCACUGCCACCUGGCCCAAUCCAGUCUUCAGUAGCAGUCCCACCUCCUCCUGGUCCACCACCACCACCACCACCACCUCUUCCACCCUCAGGGCCGCCACCGCCACCGCCACCUCCUCCCCUUCCCAGCCAAGUUCCUUCUCCUGCUCCUCCUCCACCACCUCCUGCUCCUCCUCUCCCUGCCUCUGGAUUUUCUAUGGGAUAUAUGUCUGAAGACAAUCGCCCUUUAACUGGACUAGCAGCUGCACUGGCUGGAGCCAAACUUAGGAAAGUGUCACGGGGGGAAGAAUCUUCUGGUUCGAGUGGAGGAACAAGCUCUGCUUUAUCUAAAACAGAUAGCAGUCGUGGAAAUGGGCCACUUCCCUUAGGGGGGAGUGGAUUAAUGGAAGAAAUGAGUGCCCUGCUGGCCAGGAGGAGAAGAAUUGCAGAAAAGGGAUCAACAGAACCAGAACAAAAGGAGGAUAAAAUUGAAGAAUCAGAACCAUCAACAUCAAAAGCUUCUUCAACGAGCACACCUGAACUAACAAGAAAGCCUUGGGAAAGAACAAAUACAGUGAAUGGAAGCAAGUCACCUGUUAUUUCCAGACGGGAAUCUCCAUGGAAAAAUCUGAUUGUUUCUGAAAACAGGUCCUAUGAUUCGUUAAACAGACCAAAAUCUACACCAUCGGGGCAACCCAGUGCCAAUGGAGUUCAGUCAGAAGGGCUAGAUUAUGACAGAUUGAAACAGGACAUUUUAGAUGAAAUGAGAAAGGAAUUAACAAAAUUAAAGGAAGAACUCAUUGAUGCAAUCAGGCAGGAACUGAACAAGUCAAAUACUGCGUAGAAGGAUUGGACUAAGCAGAUGUGACUCUCUAACUUGGUAUAAAACAGACUACAUUUGUGAGCCGUUAGAAGAAAAUGGGAGAUGGACACUUGGAAGGAGGGAAAAAUGACAUUCUGAAACCCGUCAGACGCAUCACUGGUGAUAUGCUAUUUCCCUCCUAGUUUGCUGCUUUUUUCUGACCUUUACAGCAGGUGGAAAAGAGUCUUAAAAGUUGCUGUAAUGAUUAUGCAGAAAUUCCUAUACCUGUCAGACAACAUCACAGUGCAUUGAAAUAUUCUCAUGUCAAGAUAAAAUUGCACAUAUUUCAGAAUUCAUUGUUAAAAAAGAAAAAAGCUUGGGAAGGCUUUUCAGAGAGGUUUUCUUUAUUAAUGAAGGAUUCAGCAAGUUAUACUGUUGUACUGCAAAUGUAUCUCAGGUUUGUCUUCCUAUCACAUUUGAUAUUUCCAUGAAUAAUUAAAAAAAAUUAGGCGUGCACAAGUCCAGAUCACAAAAUAUGGAACAAUUAGAGCAUACUUUAAAGGGCAGUAUUUGUAAGUAAAUGACCUAGAAAGUGAUAACAUAUCAAGUUUAUGGAAUUUUAUUAUGGGAAGCCUCUCUAGUUAGCCUUCAUGCAAUUUUGUAGACACAAAAAGCAAAUACAGUCCAGAGUUUAAAGAUGUAGAUGCCUUCCUAAAUUGUUACAACGCUUUACCAAAUCUAAGACUUCUACAUAAUACAAAUCAGUGAACAAAUGUAAAUCAUUAGUAUGUUGUAGAUUUACAGUAGAUUUUCAGGCUUUUUUUAGAUUUAUGCAUGUGAACAUUUUUGUAAUGUAACACAACACAGUCAGCUUUCUAAUUAAAAAAAAAAAAUGCAUGUCACAAAUAUUAGGUAGCCUUUUCAUUUUUAAGGCUUAAUUAAUGCCCAGGGGAAAAAUUGGGAUGAAGGAUUUGUGGGGGGUGGGGGGGUAAUACUUUUGAUUUAACAAUUUUUUAAAUUAAUUUCUGCACUAUUUUUCCUUAUAUUUACAUGCAUGUGUAAUAAUGAGGAAAAUGUUGUGACUUUUAUCAGUAACCAUGUUAAUAGAACCAGGUACUUAAUCUUUUUUGUAUCAUUUCUUCAGCUAUUUGUAUUUCAUAUUCAGUAACACUUCAGUAAUUGUUCUUUGGAAGUUCUUAAAGUGUUUUCAUUUUUAACUUGGUCAAAGAACAAACAUUUGGUCAUUUAAAUCUGAGUUAUUACCAAGGUAUACAUUUGUUAGUACAAGAACUAACUGCUCCUGUGUUUUCUGAGGCUGAUUUUUGACUCUGACCAAACAAGGGCAGUAGUUAUAAUGAUGCAUUAGAGCACAAGGUCACAGCAGAAAAAGGGAAGCUGAAGAUCAGCAGUGGUGCAACAUUCACUUUAGUGAAUAAUGUGAACUCUUAAGGGGAGACAGUACCAUCUUUACUGUAGUUUAAAAAUUCAACACCUCAGCUACAUAAAUUGUUCUCCACCAACAAGAGUAAAAGAAUAAAAAUUGCACAAGUCAGAGCCACAGUGCUUUGGAAAAUAUUGUGGAUCAAAAUCUGCACUUGUUCCAUUGUAUCUUGAAUUUCUCUGAACUGUAAGAGUGCCACCUUUGUUUUGUGAUCUGUGCUAAUCAGAAAAAAUUACCUACUAUUAGAGAGAUUAUUCCUGUUUCAGUUUACUGGAGUUCAUGCAACUUUGCUCACAGGACAAUAGCUUUAACUAGCAUAUCCUCUUAAGUGCUGCACACCAAAGCAAAACAACAGCAUUUACUGCUUCCAAAAGGCUGGAAUGAGGAUUUUUUUUUUCCCGUUUAAGCAUUUUCCUGUUUUUAUAGCCACUCAUAUUCUAAGACUGGACUACAAUGGAAAUAAUAGCUAAGUCAGUAUAUUAUUUUUUCCAAAAAAUACUCAUUUUUCUGCAUGUAUUAGUGAAGGCAUUAAAAAAAUGCAGCAAGCUUGUAAAGUACUGUUUCCUUCUAAAUAAGAGGAGGCAUGUUCAUCUUUCUUAAUGUAACUUUUGUUUAUGCAGACAUUUCAAUCUUAAGGACAUUUAUCUUUGUGAGAAAUCAUGCUUUUUUGUUUGUGGUUUUGUUUUAGAAAAAAUUAAGACUAGCCUGGUGGAAUAGUGUAAUGGGUAUAAGUGGUCCAAAAUCAGAUAAAUGGUUAAACUACUAGAUUGUGAAAGAAACUGGUUUAUGCACUAAACGCUUUGUGCCUUGGUCUAAAAUUAACAUGAUUUCUGUUUAAAAGGAAAAAAAAAAGGAACAGAUGUCUUCUUUCAUGCUAUUUCUACAUACAUACUUCACAUAAUUGCAGAUUGUUGAAUUGGUCCUUUCCAGAAAACUUUAUUGGAUUAAAAAUUACUGUAAACACUUGCUGUCAUAAUGACAGCUAUGCCAUUUAUAGAGAUUUCAGUAAUUAGACUAACUACAGAAGCUAAGAUUAUUUUGCUUACUGUUAUACUAAGUUCUUUAAAACCAUGUUAUGAUGGUUCUCUGCUUUUGUACAGUGGAUGUCUUAAGCUGGGUGCAGUUUAGGGAUCCUUUCUAACUCCAGGAAGGUUCUGCUUUCCUCAACACUGUGAUCUGAUCUGUGAUAAAUCUGUACUAUACACAAGUGGCUAAUAAGUCAAUUGCAAACAAACUGAAUGUACGAAUCUUAGUGCUGGUGCUGAAAUCUCUUCAGAUAGUUGUCAUGAUUUCAGGUUCAUUGUUUAAAAAGUUUAAACAUCAAGUGUCAAUCAAAGCUGAAGAUGAAACACUAAUGAAUGUUGAAUUUUCAUGCAUUUAGUUUUACUUCCUUUUUAGGUUUUUUUUCAGUUCAUUCUCUGCUAUUUUUACCGUAUUGUGUCAUUUUAAAUUUCUUACAUGCUAACUUUGUUUGUUUUGAGCAAAUGAAAUAAAAUUGCAAUAUAUA